UAUCAUUGUCUCUUUGUUUUAGUAUUUGCAAUAACAAAAUUAGGUGAUCCAUCCUCUAGUUUAUUAUUUGAUUUUACAAUUAUGUGAUUCAAACAAUUAGCCUCGACGACUGAUUGAAUUAGGUAUUGCGGUUUAUCAUGAAUGUGGAUUGAGGUGGAUAAUAGAAGCUCCUAAGAAUCUCUCAUGAUAAAACAAUGUCUGCUUCAUUGGUCUGAUCAGUAAUGUUCUAGUUCGAGUUGAUUAAGGAUGUCUUACAAAUUACAACAUAGAAGCCCAAUAGAACACCAUCAUAUCUUCUCAUCAUAUCUAGUUCAUUCUCAUCAUAGCUAUAGGUUUUAGUUGUUAAUUUUGAAAUCCAGAUGAUUUUUGCAAGUUUGGGUUUGAAUGUGUUCAAUGCUUCUCUGGCUUUCCUAAUUGAAAGUUUUAUUUGAUUAUUUUAACCAUAUAAAUGCAACUGUAGCUAUUUAUUCGUUUAAUUGUGAGAAGUAUUGGUGUUUGUUGACUACUGUUCUUAUUUUUUGCUGCAUUUUUCCUCUUUACCCUUUUGAUUUUUUGGUGAAUGGAUAAAGAUUAUGGCAUUUGGUAGCACACAUUUCUAUCACUAGGUUCUCGUAAUGGAGAUUAACUGAGAAUUUUUAGAAGAUAUGAUGUCUUUGUUUAUCAAAUUGGAUUGUUGAGCAUCGACUCUCGAGAGUUCUCUCAAUUUUAAGUCUUCAGAUUUUCCAAUUGAUGAAGCUGCUGAAGCCAGUCCGAAAGAUUAUCUGUUUCUGAAGCCUGCUUCACCGGAUUUGGGACCUUGUGAAUCAAGAUAAUGUUUAUAAAUCAAUUCAGACCCCCAUUAUUAACUGCGGACAAUUAUGUUGAUUGGAAGGAGAAAACUCUCUUUACCUUGAGGUGCAUGAAUUUGGAUUUGGCACUCCGUGUAGAUGAGCCUAGUGCUCUCACGGAAUCUAGUUCACCAGACGAAAAGGCUUACUAUGAGAAAUGGGAGGACUCGAACCGUAUUAGCUUGUUGUUCAUCGAGGCCAAUGUAAGCAAGAUCAUCAAGGGUUCGAUACCAAAAUGUACUAAGGUGAAAGAUUACUUGAAGGCCAUCGAUGAUAAGUUUGUAAUAUUUAAGAAGGUAUUGGCCAGCACCCUCGUGAAGAAAUUCCUCUCCCUAAAGUAUGAUGGUAGCAAAAAUAUGCAUACAUACAUCAUGGAGGUGGUGGACAUAGCGGAUCAAAUGAAGUCGGUGGAUAUGGUCGUUUCUGAGUCCUUUGUGGUGCACUUAAUCCUCAUUUCUCUUCCAAUGGAGUACGAUCAUUUGAGGACGAUCUACAACAUAAUAAAAGAGGAGUGGUCAAUAAGUAAACUCUUGAGCAUGUGUGUUCAAGAGGAGGAGAGGUUGAAGAAUGAGGAAGUUGAAAGUACACAUAUAACCAGACGUGGCAAAGGACAAUCCAAUAAAUUCUUCCAAAAAAAGAAUGGGAAGGUACCAAUAAAGAAAGAAGACAAUAAGGAUACUCCCAAAUGUUUCUUCUGCCAAAAGAGAGGACAUGUCAAAAAGUAUUGCGUAAAGUAUAUAAGCUGGUCAGAAAAGAAAGGGUUUAAUGUAGACAAGGCUUCUGGAGGAACAUAAGAGGAGCAUCUAUUCUGGAAACCGGGUGUGAUCUCAAGUGGAGGUUGUUGGUGUCUAUAGACGCAUAACGCAAACAAGUUACGUCCUGGAUCUAGAGAGGACAUUUUUAUAUAUCAACUUUCUGAAAAAACCUGAUUUUUGCCAUUUGGUUGUGUAUUUAAAUUUGUUGGAACAAUAUUUCAGUUGUUUAAAAACAAUUUUAAUUUGAUUUGGUUCUUUGGCAGAUGAUUUA